AGAGGAUACAAGGAAAGCACUGGUGAUGGCCUAAUUUCUUUUCUGUUUAGGGCGACCAGUAAUCUGUAGAACCCUCUGAAUUUCAAUCUGUUUGUAACGUCUCGCCUGCGGCGAAUCCAUUGAUUAUACCGGAAUCAUGGACGUGUUGGAGAAACAGCUCAUAUGUCCAAUUUGCUUGGAAAUUUUUACGAAGCCAGUGGUGAUUCUUCCCUGUCAACACAACCUUUGUCGAAAGUGUGCCAAUGAUGUUUUUCAGGCUUCCAACCCUUACCUUCCAACCAGAGGAGGCACGGUGACGUCAGGGGGACGGUUCAGGUGUCCCUCCUGCAGACACGAGGUUGUUCUUGAUCGGCAUGGAGUGUACGGACUCCAGAGGAAUCUCCUGGUGGAAAACAUCAUUGACAUGUACAAACAGGAGUCCACCAGCAGCAAACCCGCACCAGAGAGCAACGCUGAGCAGCCCAUGUGUGAAGUGCAUGAGGAUGAAAAGAUCAACAUCUACUGUGUGACCUGUGGUGUGCCCACCUGUUCCAUGUGCAAGGUUUUUGGAAAUCACAAAGACUGUGAAGUGGCACCUCUCAAAAGUGUCUACCAAUCACAAAAGACGGAGCUGACGGACGGAAUAGCAAUGAUGGUGGGCAACAAUGACAGGAUCCAGGGCAUCAUCAGUCAGCUGGAGGAGACCUGCAGGACCAUAGAGGAGAAUGGGAGGAGGCAGAAGUCUCAGGUCUGUGAGAAGUUUGACCACCUGUAUGCGAUUCUGGAGGACAGGAAAAGAGAGAUGACGCUGAAGGUUACUGCCGAGCAGGAGGAGAAGCUGGACUAUAUCCGUGGUCUGAAGAGAAAGUACGGCGAUCACCUGGAGACCAGGACAAAGAUCGUGGAAUCGGGCAUUCAGACCAUGGAAGAACCCGAGAUGGCCGUUUUCCUACAGAAUGCUAAGCCUCUCUUACAAAAGAUUGGUGAAGCCUCUGACGUGUCCCAUUUAGAGAAAGUGGAGCGGGGUUAUGAGAACAUGGAUCAUUAUACUGUCAGCUUCAAGAGGGAAAGCCUGGCCCUACGCAGCGUAGACUUCAUCAGAGAUGAUGAAGAUGAGGAUGAGGAAGACGGUGAGUUGGGAGCUGAUGAGGAAGGUGGGGCAGAACAGGCGGUUGCCGCGGCGGCGGGUGCAGGGGUCCAGUCUCACCAGUCAGGCCCUCUCCCUUUUCCUCCACAACCGCAAAACACACACAAACCUAGCACCUCAUCCUAGCCAGCGUACUUCCACUUACUCAGUCACGCAACCAUUCCCAUAUACAAACUCACAUAUAAUAAUCCACGUGCACACCCACACACAAACACAUACACACAAACAUAUCCAGUAAGCUGUAACAUUAUGGAGAAAAAAAUGAAAGG